AUGGCGUCAAAUUACUCGUUCCAAUACUUCAACGUCCGGUUUCCCGAUGAGAGUCCAUAUGUCGCUCAUGUGGAGAUCAAUCGGGCAGAGAAGAUGAAUGCUUUCUUCGAGGCCAUGUGGCUGGAGCUACGACAGGUCUUCAAUCAGCUGUCGGAAGACUCGUCUGUUCGAGCAAUCGUCCUGAGUGGCGCGGGCGAAAAGGCAUUCACCGCUGGCUUGGAUGUCAAGGCUGCGUCUCAGGGAGGGGCCCUCGCUGGGGAGGCCAGCGUUGAUCCCGCCCGCAAAGCGGUUCAUCUGCGCCGCCACGUCCUUGAGUUCCAGGACUGUAUCACUGCCGUGGAGCGCUGUGAGAAGCCCGUCAUUGUUGCGAUGCACGGUUUUGCUCUUGGUCUCGCCAUCGAUCUCUCCACCGCGGCUGAUGUGCGUCUGUGCUCCAAGGACGUGCGGUUUGCCGUCAAGGAAGUUGAUAUCGGUAUCGCGGCCGAUAUUGGCACCCUCAGUCGCCUUCCCAAGGUGGUGGGCAAUUUCAGCUGGGUGAAGGAGGUUGCGUUGAGCGCGCGCAUCUUUGGUGCUGACGAGGCACUCCGGGUUGGCUUUGUGAGUGCGGUGUAUGAGAAUCGCGCGGCAACGAUCGCGGCUGCCCUCAAACUCGCGACAUUGAUCGCAUCCAAGAGCCCCGUGGCGGUCCAGGGGACCAAGGAACUUUUGAACUGGUCGCGCGACCACACUGUGCAGGACGGUCUGCGUUACACGGGCGUGUGGAAUAGCGCAGCCCUGCAGACAGGUGACGUCUCAGCCGCUCUUUUGUCGGGCCUGCAGAAACGCACCCCCACCUUCGAAAAGCUCUAG